AUAACAAUUUUCAUUAGUUUACUCGUUUUAAAAGUGUGAGAGUACGGAUAAAAUAAAAACUCGUGUUUAAUGAAUUCCCUUGUUUCAGAUAUUUUUUUCUUGGUAAUAACAAACCUUUUCAAAUUCAUACUAGAUAACGACGACUCCACAUAAAAACUAGUCAAGAUUGGUCUUCUUUUACACAAAUCCACAAGUAUAAGAUGUAAACACACAUAGCCUAAACACAAACAUUGAGAUUCAUUUAUCACUAACCUUUCUCUCUCUUCUAUCAUCUGAAUCUCAACUAUGAGCUGGUGGUGGUCCGGAGCUAUUGGCGCUGCCAAGAAGAAAUUCGAUGAGGAUGAAGCACCGCGAAGCUUCGAGAACGUAGCCUUAGUGGUCGGCGUGACCGGCAUCGUUGGCAACAGUCUCGCCGAAAUUCUACCUCUAUCCGACACUCCAGGCGGUCGAUGGAAAGUCUACGGCGUCGCACGCCGUCCACGACCCUCCUGGAGCGAAGAUCACCCAGUCGAAUACAUCCAGUGCGACAUCACCGAUCCAAAAGACUCCGAAACCAAACUCUCCGUUCUCACCGACGUCACACACAUCUUCUACGUCUGUUGGGCAAGCCGUCCCACCGAAGCAGAAAACUGCGAAGUUAACGGCGCCAUGUUACGCAACGUCCUCACCGCCGUCAUCCCAAACGCUCCAAAUCUCCGCCAUGUUUCACUUCAAACCGGCGGAAAACACUACAAAGGCUCCUUCGAGUCGUUCGGCAAGAUCAAGUACCACGAGCCACCGUACACGGAGGAUAUGCCGCGUUUGGAUACAAACAAUUUCUAUUAUACUCUCGAAGAUGUUUUGUUUGAAGAAACAUCAAAAAAGGAGGAUCUGAGUUGGUCUGUUCAUAGACCUCUUAUCAUCUUUGGAUUCUCACCUUACAGUAUGAUGAACAUUCUCGGAACUCUCUCUGUUUACGCUGCGAUUUGUAAACACGAGGGUCUUCCUUUGAGAUUUCCAGGAACGAAGUUAGCUUGGGAGAAUUAUUACAUGGCUUCUGAUGCAGAUUUGAUUGCUGAGCAACAUAUUUGGGCUGCGGUGGAUCCUAACGCUAGGAACGAAGCUUUUAACUGUAGCAACGGUGAUGUGUUCAGGUGGAAGCAGUUAUGGACAGUGUUGGCGGAACAGUUUGAGAUUGAGGAGUAUGGGUUCGACGAAGAAGGUCCUCGUUUGAAGUUGACGGAGUUGAUGAAAGAUAAAGGUCCUGUUUGGGAUGAGAUUGUUGAGAAGCAUCAGCUUCAACCAACGAAGCUUCAAGAAGUUGCUGAGUGGUGGUUUGCUGAUCUUAGUUUGGGAGGAACUGGGUUUACUGAUAGUAUGAACAAGUCGAAAGAGCAUGGGUUUUUUGGAUUCAGGAACACUAAGAAUUCUGUUAUUAAUUGGAUUGACAAGACAAGAGCUUACAAGAUUGUGCCAUGAGUUUUGUGACUGAAUAUUGGGUUGGUUGGAUGCGAUUUAGUAUUGUUAUGUGGAUUUGUUUUCUUAAUUUAUAGUUAUCUAGAAUAAGUAAAAUUGAGUGGGGGAAUUGUGAUUUAACAAAAGAGAUUGGGUAUCCAUAGCAGUCUAUCAUUUAUGUUGUGUGUUCUGUUUCUUUGCUGUGCUAAUAAUGUUCUUGUAAUUGGAGAUCAAUUUUGUGUUCUUACAAUAAAUUUUGUCGCA